ACCCCCGCCUCUUUCCCCCCCGCGCUUUGGUCCCGCCUCUCAUAAAUCAGAGGAUCCAGGAAGAGGAACGCACAAGCCCAAGGGAGCGAAACAAGGGAGCCGCGUGGUUGGCCAGAGCAGAGGACCAGAGAUCGAGCGAGAGAGCGCACGCUGCCUUGUCGGGACGUACACAGCGAAGGGCCCAAGAUGAAGGAGGAAGUGGAAAAAGCAGUCUGGUUCAUCUCCCGCGUGAUGGAUCGCGACCGGAAGCUGGAAAAGGAGAAGGUGGAGCGUUUCAGGGAGAGCCUGGCCACGAUCCUGUGCGAGCGCUACAAGGACCAUUGGUACCCAGACAAACCCUGCAAAGGGCAGGCUUACAGGUGCAUCCGAAUCAACAGGCAGUAUACCAAGGAUGAUGCCAUCCUGAAAGCUUGUAUGGAGAGUGGUCUCGAUUACUCGGCCUUGACGUUGAAAGGCGAAAUUACAAUCUGGAUUGAUCCUGGCGAGGUUUCUUGCAGGCUUGGCGAAAACAACCGCCCCUUCACAGUGAAGGAUGAUGAGGAGAUGAAGGAGAAGAGGAAGGAGAAGGAGAAGGAGAAGGAGAAGAAAGUGGAGAGAAGCAUUAGCAGCAGCAGUGGCAAAGCAUCGCCUGAGUCGGAGACGUCGGACUAUCACUCUGAGUCUCCUUCGGUGUCGCCUUUUGAGUGUGCGUCGUCCUCAGAGGAUGAGAGUUCCGGCAGGCGUUCUGCAGCAAAGACAUCGCAGAUUAAAGCCGGGGGAGCAAAUCUCCCCAAACACGAGCCCCAUCGCUACCGAACGCCGUCUCCCCUUUGGAUCCCGCACCCACAAGGCACAGUGUUCAGCUACUACCCUGUAACUUACUAUUACGUUCAGCCGACGAUGCCCGUUCUCCAGAGACCCAACCCCAACAUGUUGAAACGGCUCACGAAGCGAGCAUCCAAACCCUGAAGACUGGGAAGAGCCUGGGGGUGGU